GGUGACCCGGUUUGUGUAAUACGACCCGAGGUCGUGGCAACAUCACAGCCCUUUGAUCUGAUCUCUGCCUCCGCCCAGAAUAAUCCUUUGGCUUCUCCUCACAAGCUCCGUAAGGCUGGAGAAGUUCUUUUUCCCUUCCGAUCGCUCCACAGACCACAGUACGACUGUAUAAGCACUCAAAGAUUCAAUCUUUACACUAUGGGGGAGAGUUGCAUAGCUGAGCUAGCCUACAGAGGCUCCAUCUCUCAAGCAAUUCUCGAAGCCAAAGCCCAGAAGAAGCUUUUCAUUGUUUAUAUUUCAGGCAAGGAUCCAGUGUCAGUGGACUUGGAGAAAUCGACUUGGACUGACUCAAAGGUGGCAGAUACACUAUCAAAGUACUGUGUUUUGUUGCAUGUUCUUGAGGGCAGUAAUGAUGCAGCAAACUUCUCUGCAAUUUAUCCACAAAAAUCUGUUCCUGCUGUGGCUGUUAUAGGAUUCAACGGCGUCCAACUCUGGCAAAGUGAAGGAAACGUUAGUGCUGAAGUUUUAGUUUCCAGUUUAGAGAAAGCGUAUUUGAGUCUUCAUAUCCAGGAAACAACUGCAAGUGUCUUUACUGCUGCACUUGCUAAUACGAAGUCUGCACCAACUACUCCUGGGUCAUCUCACAUUAUAUCAGGUGACCAUGGAAGUUCUUCAUCUACUGUUUCGUCAUCUCCAGAUGGCAAAAAAGUGCAAUCCUAUGAGUUUGAACAACCUAGUGCUUCUGGGACAAAAGACGACAACCAUCGUGACCGUAAAACUAAGGAUGAUGAAAAUGCAUCUUCGGAUCCAUGCAAUGUCAAUAAGUCGAUGAAAGCUGAGGAUGAACAGUCCCGUUUCCAACCACUCAGCAAAAGUACUGGCCCCUCAUCUAAUCCCUCUACGGCAAACUUGGAAACAGUUGAUAAUGUUGGUGCAGAAAACAUUCCUGUUAUCCGAGAAGUCAGCACUGAUUACAAUUCUGACAAACCACCUUUGAUGAAUCCCCUUCCAAAGGAUGCACAAGAUAAAAAGCCUGCAACUUCAAACGAAAAGGAGAUCGAUGCCAUUGAAAAAGGCUCCAAAAUUAAUGCAUCAACUGAUGUUCAUCUAAACAUCAAGUUGCUUAAUGGAACUAGCAUACAAGAGAAGUUCUUGGUGUCGUGUACACUGAGAAUGGUCAAAGACUACGUGGAUAGCAACCAAGAGAAUGGAUAUGCUGCAUACGAUCUUGCCAUCCCAUAUCCUCGGAAGAUAUUUGGUGAACAAGAUCUAUGCAGAUCUUUAUCAGAUUUGGGUUUAUUUAACAGACAAGCACUGAUAGUGGUUCCUCAUCAGAAAGGAGUGAGUUACUUUCAAGGAGACUCUUCUUCUUCCCCUUCACAGAGUAGAGCUGACACCAGUUCAUCAGUUGCGAGUCCCGGAGGAUAUUUCGGGUACAUUAGGAAGGUCUUCUCUUUCAUCAAUCCUCUAUCCUAUGUUGGAGGAUCCAGUUCACCAGCUUCUGGGCAAGCUGGAAGCAGCAUGUGGCAAUACAGUCCAAACCAGUCCCUCCCGAAUAGCUCAGGAAGACCAGGGCCACCUGGCACCAACUCUCCGGAUCAGCGCGAUUCGGCAGCUACUGCAAACGAUAUCAGGAGCAGGCGAUUAGCAGCGUUCGGGUCUGGAAGCAACAUUCACACGCUCAGACGGGACGAAGAGGAUGACCGUUCAAAUGGCAGGAAUACCUUCUGGAAUGGAAACUCCACACAAUUCGGUAGUGGUGAUGGUAAUAAUGAUGGGAGGCCAUAACGUGAUGUAGGAACUUCAUCGCCCUUCUCUUGCCAUCUAUUUCUCUGAAAUGGAUCGUGGAUUGGUUAGGUUUACAUAUAGCAAGGAGAGCAUAGCAACUAGCAAGGAUUGAACAUACAGAUUCUCGGCCUGAAGCUAGAUUGCACUUUAGGAGUUUAAGUUAAUGAUGAUGCAUAUCUAUUUACUUCUACUUCAUUUCUGGAUGUUGAAUUGUUGAUGUUUAGUUUAUAUGAAGUCUUUUAGGAGUCAGGUGAGGAAUAGUGUAACCAGAUUUCUGUAGUGCCAAUCUGUCCAAAAGAAUCUGCAGCCAACAUAGGUCUCCCAUAUACAGGAAACCAACUGUGGAUCGUCUCAAAUGGCUGUAUUUUAUUCAGACGAGGAUGAAUAAUGAUCCUUGUAACAAUAUAUAUGAAUGUAAAUUACAUGAUCUAUGCUGAUGAUUGAAAUAUCAACAUCUGCUCAGCAGCAUUAGCCUCAAUAUUAUAGCAACUACAACAGCCGCAGCCACAAAAAGAAACUAGGCCGAGUUGAUCAUUGUGGCAUUGCCUUGGUGUAAACAAACCUGCUAACCAAAGUCAAUCCAUUACUUUACCGCCUACGUUCAAUGUAUGAGCACCUUGCAAACUCGAUCGUUUUCAUCCUGAAAUGCAUCAUCAUUCAUCAGGCUGCUAAUGACGCCCAGCUACCAUAUCAACAAAGACGAAUCAUGCAUCAUCAGGCUGCUAAUAAGUUCCUUGGCCAGCCACCAUUUCAACAAAGAAAAAUCAUGUCGAGAGCAGUGUCACCUGAAACUCGAUCGUCCAGACUAUACCACCAUGUAGGCUGGGCUCAAAUGGGUGUACCUUCUUUACAUACAACUUUGUUUAGCCGUGGCCUUGAAAGACUCGGCAUAGAUGCUUGGAAGGUUCAUCAAAUGUAAUAGUGGUUACCACGAGUCUCAACCUGGAACCAUGAAAUCAAGUUUCUAAAAUCCAUCUCCGCCAGUUCUCUCUCAAAUCUCCGAUGGCAUAUUGGAGAAAAAAUGGUCUCUAAAACCAUCUGCACGAUAGGGUAUUGUAUACACCAGGAAUGAUCCACUUCCACAACAGAUUCUUUCAGGCUCUCGCUUGCUCUUCUAUCAUUUUGAACCCUCUGGUUGAUAACCAUUACGGCCUCCUAAGUGAGCCCAGGAGGCAGCAAGCUUAGCAACCCAGAUCAUGAAACCAUUCUGUGUUACUGCACAGAAGUCGUCUAUCAACCAGUGGUCUGCCUGCAUUGAACUUCUGGUGCUAGCAGACCAGUUUGCUUCUUCACAUAGUAAACAUUGAAUCUUACGCUUCCUUCAAUCUUCAAAAGAUGGCUCACUUCGAAGAGGAGGAAUCCAACCUCCUUCAAUGGCAGUAAUUCCACCCUGCAUAUCAGUAAGCAUACCAUCUGGCAAAUGCCAUCUAACAAGUGCAAUGCUUCAUCCCAUUUGUUUAAUCUCAGCAGACCCUUGAUAAGGUGAGCAAAUGUGCUUAGCUGCGGAACAAUACCUUUCCCAAUCAUGUCUGCAUACAACUCAUAAGCCAUAUCAACCUUAUUUGCAAGUGAAAGGCUCUCGAUCAAAGAAACAUACAUAAUCCGGUUAGCAUCUGAUGAUGACAAAAUAGGCGAGACUUCUUUGUACAGUUCUAGAGCUAUGUCUAGCUUUCCAGCCUUAGUAAAAUUGUCUAUCAGAACCCUGUAAACAGGGGCAACUGGCACGGAUUCCUUCUCACUCAGCUCAUCCAACAGCCCCAGAGAAGCAAUAAAGUCUCUACUGAAACCUUCGAUAACUUUACGAUACCCUGCUACAUGCCUUGGCCAGUGAGUCUCUUUCAUCUCUUGCAAAAGCUUAAGAGCUUCAUCCAAAUAACCAGCUGCAGAACAAUGAUUUAUCAAAACCUUGUAAGUGACAAAAUUCGGAGCACAGCCCUUGGAAGUCAUCUUUUGAAAUAACCAAAGGCAUUUAUCAACUCUUCCCAAUUUCCCAAAGCCAUCAAUCAUUGCUGUAUAGGUCACAACAUUUGGAAAACACUCCUUUUCUUCCAUCAUGACCAUAAGUUUAUAUGCUUCGUCGGUCUUUCCAACUUUGCACAGACCAUCAAUCAUCUCAGUAUAGAUAACAACAUUUGGUGCACAAGAAUUCUCGAGCAUUUUGGACAAGACUUUCAAGGCGAGAUCUAAUCUUUUAUUUUUAAACAACCUAUCUAUCAAUGAACUGUAUGUAUAUACAUUUGCAUUGUAACCAUGUUCGAUCAUCGUGGUAAACACUUCUUGUGCUUCAUCUAGAUUACCAACCUUACAACAUCCAUCUAUAAGGGCGUCAUAUAUUAUAUGAUUGGGCUGAAAACCUUUUGUCAUCAUUGCCUCUAGCAAAUCACGUGCUUCUUUGACCUUAUGAGCUUUGCACAAACCAUCGACCAAUGCCCCAUAUGUGAAAAGAUUGGGUUCCUCGGAAUCUGGGUCAUCAACCCUAAAAUAUAAGUCUAUUUCUGAAUUCUCAGCCUUAUCCUUCUUCAUUCUUGCAUAUAUCAGACAAGCCUUUUCAAUGUCACCCGCUUUACAAUGCCCGUCGAUUAAGGCUGUAUAUGUAAUAACAUUAGGAACUGAGCCCUUAGACAACAUUACCUCGAAAACUUCAUUGGCAGUAGAGACCUUCCUUGCUUUAAGGUAAGCAUGAAUAAGAGUUGUGUAAGUUACUACAUUAGGGGCACAACCAUCUUUCUCCAUUUCAUUGAGCCACCGGUGAGCUUGCUCCAGUAGACCAGCCUUACAGAAACUAUCGAUCAACGUCGUAUAAGUAUAAACAUCCGGUGGAACGCCAUCUCUCUUCAUUUGUUGAAACAAUAGAAAAGCCUUCUCUACUUUGGUUGCAUUACAAAGAUAAGUAAUGACAUUUGAAUACGUACUGGUAUCAGGAAUAAACCCCUUGCUCAUCAUUUGGCUAAUGACACUAUACGCCUCUUCGAAUUUCCCAGCAUUGCAAAGACACAAUGCAAGAUUGCUAACAUUAACCUUAUUCAGUACAACCCCUGUAUCAAGCAUUUCCUUAUACGCCUUCUCAGCCAACUCCAGCACACUCAUAUCAGGCAUCUCCUGAAUACCACAAAUACUGCCGAUGAAAAUGUUGUAAACUACAUACCCCGGUUGGCACCCACAUUUUGGCAUCUUCUUAAGAAGCUUAUAGGCAUAAGCAUAAUCUCCAGACUUGCAAUAAGCAUGAACCAAAGAGUUAAAAAUGGCUGGACUCGGAUAACAACCCUCUGUGAUCAUCAUGCUGAUAAUUCUCUUACACCUACCGAGCUGCUUCUUCUUCAAGCACCCACAUAACAUAAUCCUGAAAGUCAAUACAUUUGGAAUACAAGAAUACACACGCAUCCUGGUUAAGAAAUCCAUGGCUACUUCAAACUGAGAUACUUCGCACAAUCCAGAUAUCAUGUUGGUGAAAAGCACAGUAUCAGGUUUGAACUCCUCGUCCUCGAUCAACUUCAAGGCCUCUCUCCACUUCCCAGCUUUACAAAGAGAAUUUGCAAAACAGCCCAAGGUAUAACCAUCCAUGGUGUACCCUGAACCCAACAUUUCCCGAUGAACCAGCGAAGCAGUGUCUAACCGUUCUGCUUUCAGAAACACUUGAACCAAAGCAUUGUAAGUCGAUCUCGAGGGCUUGUAGCCAUGAUCCUUAAGUCUACCCAGCUCCUCCAAAGCAACAUUCCAUAUACCGUUUCGACAACACUUGCGAAUCAACACAUUAAGCAAUUUCCCAAGUACUUCCCUAUCAUCAUUUCUAAUCUCCAGCAAGAACUGCUCCGGUAUUCUAUCAUCAGUACUGCCAUGGUUGUUCCUCUGCAGCAACUCUAGCAACGCAUUGUACACAGCUAAACUGUGCGAGUACCCAAUUUGACGACCUGCCCAUAUGAAGAAUCUAACGCCCAGUUCAGGGCUUCUGACCAAAUUCAAAACCUCAAUAACCAAAGUUUCGCUUAACUUGUCCCUAUGCUGCCUAAGCAACUUCUGGGUUUCUUUCCCGAACUGAUCAUUACAAGUCGCGAUUACAUCAACAACUAGAAAUGCCUCGUCUGAAUGCUUACCAG